AUGUCUGAUGGAAAAUACAUUGACGGUAGCUACUGGUUCUAUGCUCCCAAUAAGGGCGCAGCCAUUUUCUUCUGUACUGCGUUCUGUUUAGCAGGCUGCUUACAUACAUGGCAGUGCAUACGCUAUAAGUGCUGGAAGCUGACACCCCUGUUUCCAUUCUGCUGUUUGCUCUUUACGGUCGGCUUCAUACUCAGAGGUUAUGGAGCAUUUCACUAUGGCAAUCUUGACAUAUUUAUCGCAAGUGUAUGUAUCACUUAUGCUGCCCCCCCGCUCCUUGAACUACAAAAUUAUCGCAUUAUUGGACGAAUAUUGUACUACGUUCCAUACCACUCGCCAAUACACCCUGGAAGGGUUUUGACAACAUUUGGAUUUGUAUCUGCUUUCAUCGAGGCACUUAACGGUUGGGGAGCGUCGUACUCGGCAAACCAAUCGCUGAGCGACAGCGAGAUUGAGGCGGGCCACGCUCUUAUCAAAGCAUCCUUACUGAUGCAGAUUGUCGUGGCAGUUCUCCUCUUUACACUGGCUGUCACGUUUCAUCGCCGAUGCAUCAUCAGCGGUAUCAAGAAUGAGCGACUUGCGAGUCCGCUAUGGACGCUCUAUAUAAGCAUGACCCUGAUUUUGUCCAGAACCGUCUAUCGUAUCGUCGAAUACUUUAGUAUCGCAGAGCUUCGAUAUGGAGCAGACUUCGAUCCGGCAAACAUAAAUCCUGUUGUCAGAUAUGAAUGGUAUUUUUAUGUGUUCGAAGCAAUGGUCAUGCUCAUGAAUCUCAUCAUGUUCAACAUCCACCAUCCCCGCCGAUAUUUGCCGAGGAAAAAUAAGAUUUACCUGUCCCCUGAUGGAGUCACCGAAAUUGAAGGGCCAGGCUAUAAAGAUCCGAGACCGUUUUGGCAGACACUCAUUGAUCCUUUCGACGUUAGAGGGUUAGUCAACGGCCGUGGGCGAGAGAACGAGCGAUUCUGGCAAAUGGAAGAGAGCGAGAUAACACAGCAAGCCAAGGCCUCUUCAAAGGAACCAGAGACGGCAUGA